UGUUUGUCUCUCUUCUCUAAAAAGAAAAUUCUCUCUCAAAAUAUUUUUCUAAAAAAUAUUAUUAUUUGUUCUAUUCCUCAAACUAUUAUAGAGACUUUUUUGAGAAAAUAAAUGGAUUGUUAGGUUGUUUUUUUAUUCUUUGUUUAAAUUGAGGGUUUAAUGAAACCAUUUUGAAUUUUUUAAAAAAAAUUUUAAGUUUAAAGUAAGGAGAGUGGAAGGAGGAUUUAGGAGAUGGGCAUGUGUGUGUAUAUAACAAUGUAUAAAGAUUAAAAGAUUUCUCGACAAUUUUUUGAGAAAAUAGAGAGUGCCAAAAAUCAAGAUGCUUGCCCAUCCCCUUUGUAUUUAAAAUACUAAUUUAAUUGUUUGGAUUUUAGCUUCUUAGAAAAUUGUGAUGAGAUGAAGGUUUAAAAUAUAGCUGUUGUUGUUCACUUUGUUUUUUUAAUUGAGAAGUUACCCUUGAAUAGAGGAAGCUCUUACUGGCUACUUGAAAAAAUUUUUAAUGAAGGUUUAAUUUUAACUUUUAAUUUCUUUUUAGAUUUUAUUUCGAUAUUUCCUGUCCGAUAUAAUUUUUUUUAAUUCCGCCAAGCAUGGAAAAUAUUUCUUCAAGUCAAUUACCUCAAAGUAUUUAUGGGUCUACUUCAAAAGAAAUAACAACAAAAUUGCCUUCAAGUCAAUAUCAAAGCACAGAAUGUAUUUUAUAUGGAAGCAUUACAAAUUUGGAGAAGGGACAGUUUAUUGAAAGAUUAAAAGGUUUAUGUGAUCCUGGUGGACCUGUUGCUUUUUUUGAACAUAAUAUGGUUUUUAAAUUGAAAACAGGCACAGAUUCUCCAGUUCAAGUCCAAAUGCGCCGUCGUUUUAAAACUGAUAAUCUUCAUUGGCAUUGUCGUUAUAUUGCUAUACCUGAGACUGCUGUUAAAGAUGUUAUUGUUCGCAAAGUUAUUGAUUCUUUAAUUUAUUCAAAUGAUAUGAUGAGUUUUGUCAAGUCGUUGGGAUUGAGAAUGGAAUAUGAAUACAUUGCUAAUGGAUUUCUUUUUACAAAACGAGAUAUUCGAGUAAUAAUGUAUCAAGUAAUGUGUUCUGACACAAUUGGAAAUUACAACAAAUUAAAACAAUUUGGAGAGUCUUUUUUGGUUGAAGCUUCAAUAUUAGUUCCGGAUGGACAACCUUAUGAUGGGGCAAUAAAAAAUUUGAAAGAAUUUGCUGAUCAAUUACUUCCUAUAUGCAAAUUGGAAUAUUUGGAUUAUAUUAAUAAAUAA